AUAGGACCUACUUUUUCUCUUACGGUCAAAAAAUCAAUUAACAAAAUCUCUACCACACUAUAUCUAAUAUGAUUUUAUUGUGUCAUGUUUAUCAAGCGUGGGGUUAAUAUAAAACUUCUAUCAGACUGUGACUAUGGGAUGUAAUUUGAUGCAAUAGUUAAAACUUUAUUCUUUUAAUGCGGGGUAUUGCAUCAUCUGAUGGUAAACCAAUAGGCUUAUCAUUUAAUAUUUCAGCUUCUUUAUGUAACUCCUCAUUGAUGAAAACAGCUCAAGUGUCUCUUUUUUCCCCUCAGUGUGUACACGAAGGUCGCAUUUAUCAGUUGAAGUUAUUCUGUGACAAAGAUUAUCCGGAGAAGCCGCCAAGUGUUCGCUUCCACUCUCGGAUCAACAUGACUUGCGUCAACCAUGAAACUGGACUGGUGGAACCAAAGAAGUUUGUACUUCUAACAAAUUGGCAGCGAGAGUAUACGAUGGAAGAUAUACUGACGCAACUGAAGAAAGAGAUGGCCGCCCCACAAAACCGUAAGCUAGUUCAGCCUCCCGAAGGAACCUAUUUCUAGUGUUCUAUUGGGAAAGGCACGUCCCGAAAAUGUUUUCUUCUCGACUCUGAUGGCCUCUUGAAAACGUUUGUACUGUUGGUUUAUGCUUGAUUGAAGGGAUUUCUUCUGCGUGUAAAUUGUUGAAUCCUUUUAUUAGUAAUCGAGUUUCUUGGAUUCAAGAAGUGGCCUGAUUUUGUGCAUGUGUUUAUAGUAUCCUUGCUUUUGUUAAGUCAUCUAAUUAUAUCUUUGAAGCAUAGAAGGUGAUAAACUAUAUUGUUAACAUGAGUUUAAUAUGUAUUAAUCUUAUUUCAGUCUUGUGUAA